AUGUCGACCUCUUGGCUAUCUCCGCUGGGCAUCACUUUUUUCCCGACGUUAAAAACGCUCAUCACGGAUUGUCCCUACGUGUCACUCUUCCUGCUUGCGCUGGGCUCUAUCUCCUUUGCGAAAUUUGCUAUCAAGACAGUUGGUUUCCUCCUCCAGACGUUUGUGCUCCCAGGCACCAAUCUGAAGAAAUAUGGAGCUGGCAAGGGCGCAUGGGCUGUCGUUACAGGGGCUUCCGAAGGUAUCGGUCGUGAGUUCGCGUUGCAGUUCGCGCGCAAGGGCUUCAACGUCGUAGUCUCCGCAAGGAAUGCCAGCACACUUGCGACACUGAUUGCCGAGAUCGAGUCCAGCACUCCUCCUGGCGAGAAAGUGCAGGCAAAGGCCAUAACUAUGGACUUUUCCAGGUUGCAUGACGAAGGGUCGUGGAAGCACUUCGAGGCAGAGUUACAGGGUCUUGAUAUCGGCGUCCUCGUCAACAACGUUGGCAAAUCGCACCAUUACGUGGUUGACUUCGUUGACGCACCGAAACAGGAGGUCGAGGACAUCAUCGCGAUCAACGUCGGCGCGACCGUGCGCGUUACAAAGAUGGUGCUACCCGGGAUGAUCAAACGGAAGCGAGGCCUGAUCAUGAACAUGGGUUCAUUCUCUGGCGUGAGCGUCGCGUCGCCAAUGCUCGCCACGUACGCGGGCACCAAGUCCUUCAUCGCGUCGUUCUCCGCGUCGCUCGCGCAGGAGGUCAAGGCCAAGGGCAUCGACGUUGAGUGCCUGAACACUUACUUUGUGGUCUCGAAUAUGGCAAAGAUCCGUAGGGCAACGAUGAUGGUGCCCAUGCCCAAGGCGUACGUCCGCGCCGCGCUCGCGAAGGUCAAUCUACCUUGCGGCGCCCUCUGGACCGGCCGCCCGUUCGUUGUCACGCCGUAUUGGAGUCAUUCCGUGUUGGACUAUUUAAUGAACCUGAUAGGGUGGAAGAUGUUCUUCGUACGCUAUACGCACGACCUUCACCGUGGAAUUCAUAAGCGUGUGAUGAGGAAGCUGGAGCGGGAGGGGAAGAAGCAAUGA